GAGAGAUUUAAUUCAUUGCCAUGUCUGCAUACAGAAAGAGGAGAAUAACAUAUGUAAAGAAUACUAGAGGGGAAGAUGAUGGACAACAUAGAGAAGGAAAGUAUUCCACUUGAUGAGAAGAGUAAUUGGAUAAGUAAUUGGUGAAAAGGCUGUGCUUGGUGAAACAGCCAGAAAGCUGGGUGUGGUGUUUAUGAAAGAACUGGGAUAUUUGCACAGUAAUGCAAGGAGUGUAGCCGGCAAACCAGAGGAACAAGAACUACUGGUGUAGGAUGUAAAAAUUCUAUUAUACUUGUAACAAAAAAAUUGGUGGGACAGCUUUGUGUCCCAAAAUGGGUGUUGAAGGACAUGCGUUACUCAGAACUGUCAAGAAUAAGGACAGGUUGGUGUGUUGGUGUGCAUGUGAAUGGCGUGCUGGAGCACGAAGGGGAAUAGCAUGAAGUAAAAAGUCUGAGGCUGGAGUAGGUUUGGAAGAGCAUGGUUUUCUUAUGUUGGGGAAGGCAAUACAUAUGUGACUAGUCAUAGGAGAGACUAAGUCCUGGUAAGUUGAUUGGGGAGCUAAUGCUACUAAUAAUAGUAGCACAUAGUCAUACUCAGGAGUGAUAACUUUCUUCUUUGGCCACUGAAUUAACAAGAAAUGAUGCAGCUUUAAAUUUAGAAAAUACCUUUGGAUUUAGAUGAGCAAUUGUGAGAUGAUUCAGCUAAAUUUAAAUACUUUUUAAUUAAGGUUCUUAAUUUCAAUAAAGGCAGACUGAACACAAAAAGAACAAGUUAAUGAAGGCACCUGGACUUGUGAAACCUGGAGAAUUAAAGUAUCUUUAAAUUAAAAGGUUUGAAAUCUCUCUGAAGCAUGAAAAGAGAGCUUGAAAGAAAGGGUUCUGAAUCUGGUUGGGAAGCUUGUUACUUUUCAGCCUUUGAGCUACUAAUGGCAUUCUCCAGCAUGAGGAACUCGGAAAGAUCAGUGGCAGUGAAUUAGGGUUUUGUGGUGGUGUUGAAGGUGUGUUUCAAUGACUACUUGUCAUGUUGGUAUUUUCAAAGGUUUAAUACAAAGAUAUUGUAAGUUUUGUCACUGUUGGUUUAGUUCACCUUUUUUAGGUCUGAUUCAUUCACAUUAGUAACAAAGCUCCUAUUAAAAUCAGAGGAUCAUAAAUUAAUAAAUUAUUUUGGUAAUCAUGUGUUGUCUGAAGUACAGGGAAACAGCCCAAACCCUAAGACCUUUUUCGUUAGAAUAAUUUCUUCUGGCAUUUUUUUCAGAACACAAUUAGGUAGGACAUUAAUUCAUUGACCAUCUGAAUAAGUGUAUGAAAUGCCUGUUUUUGCUAGACCAUGUAUUUCUCUGAACAUAGUCAUUAUAGCUGUUUUCAUUCUUACUGUCUCUUUUCAGAAUGAUCAUCUUCCUUUAAAACAUGGAACUCCUUUCAGUCCCAAACUUGCAAAGUCUGAAGUGCUGUUCCCCCUGCCCUUCCCACUAGGCAAGCAAAUGAACAGCAAAACUUGUACCGUGGCACAAAGCAUUUUCUGUGAGCCAGAAGGCUGGUUUUUGCAGGCUGCAGUGGCAGCACUUGUUCAACUACAAGGAUUGACAGGGGACCAGCGAACUUACCAUGGGAAGGAGAAUGUGGACUCCAGGCACAAUCGAGGGAGAGGAGGAGAGACAACCCGCUUUCACACUGUCAAUGUGGCACAGCCUGUCAGAUUUAGCAGUUUCCUAGGAAAGUGCCCAACAGGAUGGCACCACUAUGAGGGCACAGCCAGCUGUUACAGAGUGUAUUUAAAUGGGGAGAACUACUGGGACGCUGUGCAGACAUGUCAGCGGGUGAAUGGAUCCCUUGCCACCUUCACUGCAGACCAGGAGCUAAGGUUUAUCCUGGCACAGGAGUGGGACUUGGAAGAAAAAACGUUUGUAAGGAAGGACCAGCGUAGGUUCUGGGUUGGAUAUCAGUAUGUGAUUACCAAUCGAAAUCACUCUCUAGAAGGUCACUGGGAAGUAGCUUAUAAAGGCUCUUCAGAAGUAUUUUUACCCCCUGACCCUAUCUUUGGUACGGCUAUGUCUGAAAAGGAGAACGUUCUUUGUGCCCAGCUUCAGUGUUUCCAUUUUCCUACCCUUCGGCACCAUGGUUUACACAGCUGGUAUGCUGAAAACUGCUAUGAGAAGUCUUCAUUUCUUUGCAAAAGGAGCCAGACUUGUGUUGAUAUCAAGGACAACAUUGUCGAUGAAGGCUACUAUUUCACUCCAAAAGGGAAUGAUCCCUGUUUGAGCUGCACAUGUCACAACGGUGAACCUGAAAUGUGUGUGGCUGCUUUGUGUGAACGGCCCCAGGGAUGUCAGCAGUAUCGCAAAGACCCUAAGGAAUGCUGCAAAUUUACAUGCUUAGACCCAGAUGGCAACAGUUUGUUUGACUCAAUGGCCGGUGGAAUGCGUCUGAUUGUUAGCUGCAUUUCCUCCUUCCUCAUCCUCUCGCUGCUGCUUUUCAUGGUCCACCGGCUACGCCAGAGGCGGAGAGAGCGCAUAGAGUCUUUGAUUGGAGCAAAUUUGCACCAUUUUAACUUGGGCCGCAGGAUGCCUGGUUUUGAUUAUGGUCCCGAUGGUUUUGGAACUGGCCUUACUCCACUGCAUCUUUCAGAUGAUGGGGAAGGUGGGGCAUUUCAUUUCCAUGAUCCACCUCCACCCUAUACUGCUUACAAGUAUCCAGAUAUUCAACAUCCAGAUGACCCACCUCCUCCGUAUGAGGCUUCUGUCAAUCCAGACAGCAUCCUUUGUUCCACUCCAGAUGGAGUUCUUUCUCAGACUGUGCAAAGCAGUCCUCCAUCACUAGGAAACUGUGAUGCAUCCCCACAGCUUAGAGAGGGAUCGCUUCCUCCCUCAGUUGGUCCUUCUCCAGUGGAGUUGGAAGACUCUGCUGACAGCAGCACGUUUCUUGUCCCUCCUGACACAGUGCUAAGUGAAAACACUCCGGCAGAAACUCUUACAGGCAGCCGUCACAGCCACUGUUCUCUCAAUACCAUUGUAUAGAGGAGAAAAAAGCCGAUCACCGAUCAGAGAGAGUUUUAGCAACUGUUUGCACAGACAAACACUAAUCCGUGGUUUGAACUUCAGAAGGAAUCUCCACUUUGUUUUUUGAACACCGCUUUUAUGUUCUAGUUUAGAAUUGUGCCUCUCGUUUUUUGGCUGUUGUUAUUCAUUCACUAAUCAGUUUGUUCUGUAAAUAUGGAUUGUAUAACUGCUCUUUUUUUUCCAUUGGCUAUGGAAAAGAGUGCAGAGAAUUCCUUUGACUUCUAAGGAGGUGAAAAGUAUGGGUAGGGGUUUUAUUUUGUUGGUUUUCUUUCUUUUUCUUAACCUGAGAGGAAACAAAAUCUACAUCAGAAAAAAGCUGCUUGGAUUUGGCUGGAUACCACUGGACCCAGGGAACAAACGAUGGAAAAGGCGGGUGGGGGCAGUCACUGCUCAAUCAAUUGCUUUCUCUCUUGCUUCAGUGCUAUACUUGGAAAAGGCAGAGAAGACGGAACUGGAGGGGAAGGGGCUGGGGCUUGUUUUACAAAGUGGGAACACUGAGGAGCUAAAACACACACCACCAAGUAAGAGUUACACAGUGUAACACAUUUGCGUGUUUUGAUCUGCCUUGCUGUCUCAGAACACCAUAGGGACUGCAGGAUGAAUGAUCUACACAAUAUGUGACAAGUGGGUACUAAGAAAACUAGGAUUUGCAAUCACAAUUUUUUGUUGUUGGUAGCUGCAAAAUCCGAUGUUGUCAGGUAAACUUCUGGCCCAUAAAGAAAACUGAGUUUGUGUAAUGCUUGUGUCCCUUCACUAGAGUCCUCAUAUGUAUUAGGCAGUACUUUAGGGAAGAGGUGGGGAGCACUUAAUUUUGGUGCAGUCUGACUUCACUGUAUGAAGCCCCUGUUUGUUAUAACCCCGUGAGGAAGAUUGAGGUGUUUUUUCUCUGUGAUUUAACUCCUGAACAAUUGCACAAGACUGGCCUGGAUAAAAGGCCAUUGUUUUUGCUUUUCUUAUUGCAUGCUAUAUUUAGCAUGUGUGUUCCCUCCAUUUCACUUCUUUACAGUUCUGCAAAUAACAUUGCAAAGCAGUGAUCAACAUGCACUAUACACGAUGUUUAAUUCUAAUUGGACACUUGUUCCUUAUCAGGGUCCCUUAAAUUGCCAAGCCUAUUGUAGGGAUUUCCCAUGUGCCCCCCAAACCGUUUAUCCAGGUCCCACAAGGGGUUAUCACGAGGUUAGUGUACUUGAAUCAGUAAAGCGGUUUGCUUCAGUCAGAUACGUCAUCUUAAAUUUCCCCCUUCAAUUGAACUCUUUUAAUUUACAGAUGACAAAAUGAUUCAUUCACUCCCUCACUAAACCCAAUAUCAAGCACUGUUGGUUUUGAUAAUGAAUACAAAGUAAUCUUUACAGGUGAUUUUACAUUUAAAUUUGGAUUUCAGUGCACAAAUAAUUUACUCUUUCUCCCCAUCCUCCUCUUGCCUCUGCUUCUCCUUGACUUACUGUAACAGUCAGCAGAUGAGAUGAAUUAUAAGGAAUUUGUAAGAAUGCCCCUGUGAGUGUUCUCCUGUUACCUUAUGAAGGGCACAAGCCUAGAGGGACAGGAAGAAAACACUUCCUGGGGGUGUAUGUGAUCUAUUUUUCUAGUAAUGAUGAGAAAUCAUACUUGUAUGACAAAUCCUAACCCACUGUUGUGGUUUCCCAGUACAGCUGACUCUUUCCCCAUUGAAUAUGCUGCUACUUUCUAUUCUGUUUCUUGCCUAUAGGCUAAUACUGUACUUGGGGAUUGGUCUUGACAAUUCAACUCCUUUUGCACAGAAAACUGUGAGUUACUGAGAUCGUAUCUUGGUGUCUUGACAUUCAGACACUUGCUAACAAUCUUGAAUCCAUUGGAGAGUGUGAAUCACAGUUCUGGGGUGUGCUGCUGGCACUCGAGCAGGAGGAAGCACUGUUAGGAAGCCUCAUCUGCCUGGAGCCAUACUACUGCCUGCAUUUUGACUGGCUCUAACAGCAGUGGUAUGAAACGAGAGGAGCAGUUAUCCACCCUGUGGGAUCUCUUACUGUCUCCUCUUCUGAGUCCAAGUCCUGGUCUAAUGAAGUGGAUGGAUAGCAGUAGUCAGAACCAUGCAUACAAAUUGCUGAGCAUUUCUGAAGUAUGAAAAUAAAGCGGGUUUUGUGCGUUUUUGAGCACAUUCAUACGUUUUAUACAUUGUAUGUACUGAUUUUUCUUUAGUUUUAUAGGUAUGAAUGCGUGUGUGUGUGUGUGUUUCUGGGUGGUGAUAUAUAUAUCUAUACAUACUGUAGAUGGUAACCUUUGUGCUGCGUCCAGCUAGGUGAAGCUAAGCACUGGGAUAUGAACUAGACUCUUAGGGUUAAUACUUCUCUCAAGCUGGCUACACUCUGUUGUAGGACAGGCUGUGAUAGUGUACACUUAAGUAGGAUGCAAAGUCUAUGCUACUACAAUCUGUUCCUGAAAAAUACUUCGUUAGCAGUGGAAAAUAGAAAACUUCCAGUUUCUUUUGAAGCCAGGUGGAAUAUAUUUGUUCUUUGUAAUAUCCUAGCGCAAUAACAAAAGGCCUUUUGGCUUGGUUUAGUGUCUGAAGCUGUGUUUUGUGGCUGAGGUGAACAGAUACCUUACCUCACACUUCUCCUAACACUGCGGGAAUCUGUUCGAUGGUGGGUUUUUUUUCAUUUUACUUUUGGUUCUGUGAUGAAUUUUAUUUGAAAAUAAGCUCUGUUACAACUAGCAACUUCAUGGUGGCUCCUGGUUGUAGCUGUUCCAAAUGUAGGCUUCUUUGUAGAAGCCUUGGUGUGAUAUUUUCCCCAUUGCUUCUGAGCCUUUCCCACUUGUAUGUUGGCAUGGAGGCUGCUAUUUUUUGUCUUGUCCCCUAUCCUCUUUCAUCUUAACUGUAAACAAGGGAAAUUUUGCCUUGAACAGAGCAGCUCACUAAGUACAGCUCAUUUACCUCUUGGUGAGCUUUAAUUUGGCAAUAAAAUUGUCUUCUCCCCCCCUUCCCCUCCCCCUUUUUAAUGUAGCUUUUUCACACUGAGUACUUUCUCUUGGAGUAAGAACCUUUGUAGCAGAAAACGUCACAACUACUCAGGCUUCUGGACCAACUGGGGAAGAGAAGUUUUUUCUUGACAGCAGUUGACUCCUCAGCAAACCUUCCUUGCCCUUGGCAAGGUGACUGGUAAGCAGUUUGUCCUGGGCACCAAUUAGAGGGCUGAUGCUUGCCUAAGGAGGACCUUUCCGUUUUGCUUGCCAUUAGAUUGAUGAGAUCUUUGGGAGUUAUUUUGUGCAUCGAUUUCUUCCCGCUGGUCACUUUCUCUGGAUGGUUUUUCUUAACUACGGAUGCAUCCCAAAUGUCCCUCCAGAGCCAGUGGGGGAGAUGGCAUUACCACAUCAUUCCCAGCAGCACAUGUAAGCAGAAAGGGCAUUUCUCAUGGGAUAUCCUUGACCGCGGUUGUGUUAAGCCGCAGUGCUCAGUUCUGCGCAGGGCUCGCACCUCCUGUUGUGGCCUUGGACAAAACUGCUCUUCAUAUUCCCCAUCCUUAUGAUGUACUGUGGUGCCAUAUUGAGGUCUCUACUGUUCCUGCAAGAACAGCCCUAGAUACUCACUUCUGUCGGUGUUAUCAGUGAUACCUGUACGCAGUCUCACAGCAGCCUCUAAUUUUUUUACUAGGUGAGUUGUAGACUAUUGUAAUGUUAUAGAAGGACGGUGGGUUUCAUUCUGUGCUAGAAGAUCAAAACUGUCAUUCAGAUGUACAAAGAACUUGUUUGCAUAAUGUUCAGUCUUGUCUAGUUUUGAGCCUCAGACUAUUCCUUUACCUGUUCAUGGCAGGACAGUGAUCUAGAAGAAGAGUGAAGUAGGUGGGAAAUGUUUUUCUGAAGGCUUAACCUUUCGGUCAGCGGGCUCUGCCUCCAACAGGUAUCAUGGUGAUGGCCUGUUCACAUGUACCUCGAGAUUCACUUGGGAAGAAAAUGUUGUUGUGACCAGUAGUUAUUACUGUUCUUUUCCCAUCUAAUAACGUUAAAUGAAUUUGAAGCUGGUUUUAAAGAUGCUUUUAUCUUUCAGAUGUGGCUUUUCGGUGGAAAGCACUGGCGUUUUAAUGUUGCCUCAGACAACCCAUAAUGUUCAUCUCUUCUUUUUUCAGUUGCUGAAAUGUCUUUAUUCUCCCUGGCUAAGGAACUUGCAAUAUACAAAAAUUUCUUUUAAAUUUCCCUUGCAUGGGAAAUCCAAAAGAAUUUAAAGAAUUAAAUGGGAACUGGACCCUAAAAUUGGAGCAGAUGAAUGUAGAGGAGACGAAUCAAAGUUCAUACAUUUGCUUCUAAUGUUCCCCAGUUCGAAAUAAAAUGGGUGUUUCUUUUUGGAAUAAAUGCUUUCAGUGGUAAAGAUGUGUUGGAACUAGAUGAUCUUUAAGGUCCCUUCUACCCCAAACCAUUCUGUGAUUUCCCCUAACAACACUCUGCAUUACCUGCCUGCUACGGUACGACAUAGCUUUAAUUUGCCAGUAUUGUGCACCUUGAACAUGGAGUGGGUUGGAGCGAUGGCAGCGGAGAUGCUGUGCUUGCAGGCUGCGUGUGUGGCCAUGCACGGGCUGGAGGAUGCCUGGGAGGCUGUGAGAGAAUGAGACACUGCUUUUUACCUUCUCCUGGAAAAUAAUGCUAGCCAACGCUGCAUUUGCAGGCUUUUCCUGUGUAGUUGGUUUGUGACUGGACUUAACUGUGGCAGUGUAUAAAAGAUUUUGAUAUUCUGUGAAAUACCAUGUAGAAUUUAAAUUUGAUACUAUAAUAAUUCA